GAUGCGCGUGUUGCUCCUUUCCCGGGGUAGAGUUAGUGUGUGUGUGUGUGUGUAUCGUGAACGGACUUCAGUGGGGGUUUCAUUCCGUCUCAGUCUUCAAAAUGAGUUCAAACUAUAAUAACACGUUUGAUGGCCAGGAUGAGCCAGUGAGACCUACACCCGGGGGUAGAAAACGCAGACUGGACAAAGAAAACCACAAAAAACAACUAGAAAAGAAGGUUCGUCACUCAGGUUGCGGGUUAACACCUACUGUUGGAUGUCAACACACGGCUACUGCGACCUGUCAGGCCGAGAAGCUGUCACCGGACGACCUGAUGAUGAACUUUAACAAGUUUUAUAAUAAACCAAACAAGGUUGACCAGGACCGGGCCAUACUUGAUCUCCUGGACAUAAUGAAAGUGAACAGGCGGCGUACGAAAAUCAAGGACGUAAACAAGCGAAUAGACCGGAAAAUAUCGGUUAAAUACAGUCUCUUGUGCGGCAGUCACCCGGAGAAGGUGCCCGUUUGCAAGGCAAGCUUCAUUAAAGUGCUUGGCAUCAGCAAAGACCGUGUGUCCCGGGUGGCUCAAUAUUAUGCCGAGACUGCUGAGGCUCGCCCAGAGAGAAGAGGUGGUGCACGGCACAGUGAGGAGCACAGCAGGAGAAGGCAACUCAUUGUUGAGCACAUCCAGUCUUUCACCUGCAGGGCCAGCCAUUAUGGGCGGAGAGGAGCACCAGGCCGCAAGUAUCUCCCCAGUGACCAGAAUGUGCACAAGAUGCAUAAGCUCUUUGAGGCUCAGAACCAUGCUCAGACCAGCUACUCCCUCUAUUAUUCAGUGUUCUCAAAGGAUUUCAAUCUUGGCUUCGGUCACCCAGCUACAGAUGCAUGCUCUGAUUGUUCCAAGUUUAAGAUCAGGAUGAAAGAUCCAAACCUAACCGAGACAGAGAAGAAGAUGGAAUCUGCAUCAUUCAUCUUGCAUCGUCGCAGAGCUUGUGUGUUUUAUGACCUGUUAGGCAGGGUUGCUGAAGAUCAUGUGACCCUCUGUUUCGAUAUGAUGCAAAACAUGGUCCUUCCAAAAACCUCAAUAGGACAGGCCUAUUACUCACGGCAGAUGUACCUGUAUCUGUUUGGUGUGGUUGUGCACCACGGAGAGAAGAGUCACCAGACAAAAGAUGAUGUCCAUCUCUACGUGUGGCAGGAAAAUGAGGGUAGAAAGGACAGUAACAUGAUUGCAUCCGCGCUGAGUGACUGCCUCAAGGUUCGACUUCGGCACAAAGUCAGCAGGUCAAGGGGACUUCGGCUGUUCAGUGACUCAUGUUACGGCCAAAACAAAAACAUGAACAUGGUGUCCAUGCUCAUGGAACUUCGCCAGUCUUUUCCCAACCUUGGCAUAGAGUACACUUUUCCAGUAAGGGGUCACAGCUAUCUCCCAGCAGACCGAGUCUUUGGCAGAAUUGAGCAGAAGAUCAGGAAAAUUGAUACAAUUCUGCUACCACAGGAAUACCAUGCCAUCCUGCAGCAAUUCGGCAACGUUCACGUUUAUGGCACAGACUGGAAGGCGUUUGAUUACAGGUCAGCCACAAAAGUGUGUGUUAAGUCAAAUAGGAGCUUUAAAAUCAGCGAAGCACGCAUACUUGAUUUGAGUACCAACAAGGUUGGUUUAAAGAUGGCUUACAAUGGGGAGCCUUGUUUCCAUAGCGUAUUAAAGCGGGGCAAGCGAUGGGCUGACCUGAAACCUGCGUUACUUCCAAAGCAGACCUCUGUGAAAGGCGCAAAGAAGUGCGAUGUGCUGGCACUAUUAGGAGCAAUGGGUGUGUCUGAUGUGGUGAGGGCUUUUUAUGACGAUGCACUGUAUCAGGUGACUGACAAUGCAGGCCAGAGUGAUGAAGAUGCAGAGUGAUUCAUGCGCAAGUGAUGAAUCUCUCCGUCUCUCACUCUCUCUCUCUCUGUGUCCUCUCACAGACUCAAAUUAAUUUAAUCAAUUUAUUAUCAAUACUAUCAUUACUUUUUACAGGUUCGGCACUGAAUGACUAUUAGCCUAAAUGCGUUACUAAAUGAUAUUAAUUUAUCUUUUACAUUGUUGUAUUUUUAUUAAUUAGUGGUAUUUGUAUGUGUGUUAUUU